UGCAAAAACAACUUUGGGAAGAGUAAAGGUUAAAUAAGCUGAAGCUGAUACCUCCAUCCACACAUACACUAUAUUGGUAAAAGUAUUGGGACAACCCUCCAAGUCAUUGGACUCAAGUGUUCCAAUCACCUUCAUGGCCACCUAGGCUUGCAAACUGCUUCUACAAACAUUUGUGAAAGAAUGGGUCACUCUCAGGAGCUCAGUGAAUUCAAGCGUGGUACCAUGAUAGGUUGUCACCUGUGCAAUAAGUCCAUCUGUGAAAUUUCCUUUCUACUGAAUAUUCCACAGUCAACUGUUAGUGGUAUUAUAAGAAAAUGGAAGCAACUGGGAACAACAGCAACUCAGCCAAUAACAGCCACAAAGUGGUAGGUCACCUAAAUCACAGAGCAGGGUCAGCACAUGCUAAAGCGCACAGGGCACAGAAGUCACCAACUAUCCGCAGAGUCAACAG